UUUUUAUUUACAGGCAAAAAAGAUGACAAGCAUAGAUUCUUCUGAAAGUUCUGGUGAUGAUGCUGUGGAAGAUAAGCCAAAGAAAAUGCCUUGUAUUCUUGCAAUGUUUGAUUUUGGCCAAUGUGAUCCAAAAAGAUGUUCUGGACGUAAACUAUGCAGACUUGGAUUUAUUCGACAACAAAAAAUUGGACAACGCUUUCCUGGAAUUUUAUUAACACCAACAGCCACCUCAACAUUAUCUCCAUCAGACUCCAAAACAAUUUUGUCCAAAGGUUUGGCUGUGGUUGAUUGCUCUUGGAAUCAAUUAGACAAAACUGCUUUUCAUCGAGCCAAGGCUUCAGAACAACGUUUACUUCCUUUUCUGUUAGCAUCAAAUCCAGUCAAUUAUGGAACUCCUUGUAAAUUAAAUUGUGCUGAAGCAUUAGCUGCUGGUUUAUAUUUAAUUGGACAAAAGGAAGCGGCCGUCAAUUUAUUAAGGCCGUUCAAGUGGGGAAAAAACUUUUUUGAAUUGAAUGUGGAAGCUUUUAAUUUGUAUUCUGAGUGUUCUUCUGCUGCUGAUAUAAUCAAAAAACAGACUGAAUUGAUAGCUAAAAUUGAUCAGGAAAUUGAGAACAAAAAGAAUUUGACUGAUGAUUGUUUUCCUCCAAGUGAUAUUGAUGAUGAGGAAGCGGAAGAUUCUUCUUGUGAUGAUGAUAAAGAUAACGAACAAAACCAACAAUUAAUUAAUGGAUCAAUUGAAUAUUCCAAAGACUUAUACAAUUCCAAUCAAAAACAACUUUUAUAUCAAGGAGCAGAAGCUAAAUUAUUUUCAUGUUUAUAUUUAAACAAGCCAGCAUUAAUUAAAGAACGUUUUGAAAAGAAGUAUCGACAUCCUGAAUUGGAUAUGAGAUUAACUAAGGAAAGAAUGAAGACAGAAAUAAAAGCAAUACUUAAAUGUCAAGAGAUUGGUAUUCUUGUACCUUCAAUUUAUUUUAUUGAUUCUUCCAAAAAUUUAAUUAUUUAUGAAAGAAUUGUUUGCGGAAAUAAUGAAAGUGCCCCCUCUGGAAAAUUUUUUUUGGAUAAAUUACAACGACAAUCAGACAAGGCAGAAUUUGAGAAAAUUUCUUCACAAUUUGGACAUAAACUUGGCUCAAUAAUUCAAAAUAUGCACUCAGCUGGCCUUAUUCAUGGUGACUUGACUACUUCAAAUGUUUUGGUUAAAAAGCAAGAUGACAACCUCGACCUAAUCUUUAUCGAUUUUGGCCUUUCACAAUUUUCACAAAAACCAGAAGACAAAGCUGUUGAUUUGUAUGUUUUGGAAAGAGCAAUAAAAAGUGCUCAUAUUGGAAUGGAAUUGUUAUUGAACAAAGCUUUACAGGCUUAUAAAGAAGGAGGAAAAGAUGCUGAAAAUGUUCUUUUGAGACUGGAAGAAGUUCGAAUGAGAGGGAGGAAAAGGGAUAUGUUAGGUUAA